GUGAAUAAGGAACAUUCAUUGAGAGAAGCAGACAGACUGAUUUCCAACAGACCGGAUCCAGCACCGGGACUUUCUGCUGGUACUGAUCGGUCUGUGUGUGUGUGUGUGGGUGUGUGUGUGAGUGUGUGUGCGUGUGUGUGUGUGUGUGUGUGUGUGUGUGUGUGUGGUGUGUGUGAGUGUGUGUGUCGGAGCCACAUACGGACCUGCAGACAGGUGCAGUGAUGUCAUCCCUCCUCCUCUUCCUCUUCCUCUUCCUCACCCCUUCCUCUCCGCUGGAGUUUCGUUACCAUAACAACCGAGAGAUACAGCAGUACCUGGUGGAGAUCAACGCCUCCAACCCCGACAUCUCUCACCUGUACAGCAUCGGACCGUCGGUCAGAGGUCAGGAGCUGUGGGUGUUGGCUCUGGGUCUCAGUCCUCACCGGCACACCGUCGGCAUCCCCGAGUUCAAAUAUGUGGCCAACAUGCACGGAAACGAGGUUCUCGGCCGGGUGUUGCUGCUACAGCUGAUCGAUGACUUUGUGCGCGGAUACAGAAACAACGAGGAUUGGUCGGUGAAGUUACUGAACAGCACCCGCAUCCACAUCCUGCCGACGAUGAACCCCGACGGCUUCGAUGAGUCAGACACAAACUGUCUGUUCAGCCAGGGCAGGGCCAACUAUAACGGUGUUGAUCUGAACAGAAACUUCCCCGAUGCGUUCGCUGGUCUCCGGAAACAACCGCAGCUGGAAGAAAGUAGGCGGGAGGCAGAGGUCAGGGCUGUGAUUGGCUGGUUGAGGAUGGAGAGUUUUGUUCUCUCUGCAAACCUUCAUGGAGGAGCUCUGGUGGCCAGCUAUCCCUACGACAACAGCAACGGAGGUAGUGAGCUGGUGGGCGGGGCCAGUGUUAGCCCUGAUGAUGAUGUUUUUAACCACCUGGCGAAGGUUUACUCCCAUAACCACGCCUCCAUGCACCACGGGGAGCAAUGCCGCGACAGCGGACCGUUUCCGGAGGGCGUAACCAACGGAUACCUGUGGUACGCAAUCUCAGGUGGGAUGCAGGACUAUAACUACGUGUGGGCUCAGUGUUUGGAGUUGACUCUGGAAGUUUCCUGCUGCAAGUUUCCUCCAGAAAAUCAACUUCCUGCUCUGUGGACAGAAAACAGGAAGUCACUGCUUGCUUUUAUUAUGCAGAUUCACCUGGGGGUCAAAGGUCGUGUGUUUGAUGGCUCCGGGGUGCCUGUGCAGAACGCGGUGGUGGAGGUCAAAGGACGCAGCAACAUGUGUCCGUUCAGAACCGAUAAACACGGAGAAUACUACAGACUGCUGCUGCCGGGAGAAUACGUGUUCACGGUGACGCACCCCGGUCACAAGGUUUUGACGGAGACUCUAAACGUCCCUCAUGGACCCGAUCAAUACUCCGCCAUGAAACACGACUUCAUGUUACGCCAAAUCCCUGCUACGACUGUUAGCCCCCAGGCUAACCUCACCAAAGCUAACAGCACCGAAGCUAACCUGACCCCCAGCUGUAACUACACUUUAAACCUGGAUGCAGGCGCCUCCAGGAGCUCGUGGACGGGACUUUGUGUGUCGCUCGGCCUGGUGGUGCUGCUAUCGCUAGUUAGCUGAGAGAGCUGGAAACUUUGAUGGCAAACACUGAUGGUUUAUUUGGGGCUUCGGCCGGAGAAUUCACAAGACAUUUUACUGAAGAUCUCUACCCCAGACCCAUGUAUUUAGCUAGUUCUGAGAGAAUAAUCAACAGGCAGGAACAGGGAGACAAAACACUGAGAGCACAGCAGCCCAAGGUUGAGGCCUGGAUCCUAUUGCAAUAUAUGAACUGGCAAAUGGACUGUACUUAUAAAUCUCUUCAUCAUGUCUGUUCGACCCCUCGACCCUUUACAUACUACGAGUCAUUCACCCAUUCACACCUCAUUCAUGUAGAGCAGCACCACUUGCUCCAGUGGACAAAGUGACAGUGAGUUUUGUCGCUCUCACUUCCUGUAAUUAACAUGGACACAUCCACACGUUGACUGCAGGGGAUCGAACCAACAACCUACUUGUUGAAAGACGACCGCACUCCCUAUAGAUAAUAUAAUAUAACUAUUACUGCAAAAGGGCAGAACAAACUGAUAAACGGGGUCACAGUUAUGGGCCUAGGUGAAUAUUUCCCCAACAGGUGUGACGGACACAGGUUUGAACCCUCAACCUGCGAGAAAAAGGAACAAGAAGAACAUGUGGCCCUGUGGAGGAUGACUGAAGGUUUAACACAGAAGUUUUCUAAUUCGAGGGCGAGCAAGUUGGGGUUAACAGCACGGAAGAAAGCUCACAUGCAUGAGGUCAGAAGCUUUGGGACGGAGCGGCGAUACUUGCAGAGCUCAUAGUCAGGUUUUCCAUCCAGAUGUGAUGCAAAUUUAAAGUGAAGGUCGAGGUCAUUUGCAAAACAAAAUACGAUUAAUUCCUUUAAGAAAUGUUGGUUCAAGGAGAGACGUCUUCCCAAGAGGAUGAGGGCCACAUGUGAAGAUUUGUCUCAGAUCCGGCCAAAAGUGAAUAGAUUUUUCAUGUUCGAAGAUUAUAGUCGAUAGAAAUCGGUCAGAAUUCCGAGAUAAGAGAUCAAAUUCAGAAGACGAAGAAAAAAAGAAAAGAAACGGAGAAAAAAAGACAAAAUUCAGAGAAAAAAGUCAGAAUUAUCCGGAAAAAAGUCAGAACUCAGAGAAAAAAGUCUGGAUUCUCAGAACUCUGGAAAUGUUCACGUGUGUCCCUUAUCCUCUCCCGUAGAAAUACACUCACCAAAGAGUUUGUUUUGGACUCUUCGGCUGAAAGAAUCUGCGCUUAAUUUGAUUUUGUUGUGAAAAUAAUUCAUUUUUCGACCAAAUGUCAUAAUUUCCGAUGCUUGAGUGACCAUCGUUCAUCAUUUUCAAAAAGCCUGAAUAACUACUAAUACUAAAGAGCUGUACAUGUGAGAAAAAUAUGUUUUAACUUUGCAUAUCUAGGAAUAUAUUAUAUGUAUUAUAACACCAAUCCAGCCCCAUUUUAAGGCAGGGAAGAACUUCAUAACACAGUCACAUAUAAUGGACUCUUUCCAGCGUCAUAGAGACACAAUCUGCGGGUACAAACGUGUUUUUAACCGGGAGAUAAUUGAAUUUAAAUGGAUAAUAGGAGGAGAAACUACAGCCUUUAGGAUCUUGACUUGUGAGGUCAUUAACCGAGGAAAAUAUAGACCGUGUAAUUUCAUACGGGAGGAGGAGGAGCACUUUAAAAUUAGCGCUUGCAGGGACUGUUUUUAGACCACAGGAAAAGGACCUCACAGAAGCUAUUAAUCAUCAAGCUGAACUCAAUGAGGUGCGUUUGAUUUAUGACUCCACGGUUUACACAGAGUCAUCAGACAUGUUCAUACAAGCGUUUCAUUAUUUCUGCAUAUCUCGUGUUUUUUAAGGAGGGUUGCGAUUAAUCUGAGGGGGUUGAAAAAGCAGGAAAUAAGAAGAAAUCACAUUUUAUUUACACAAAUUAUCACUUUUCUCUAUUUAUUCUGGCUUUGUGUGAAAUAUUACUCAUCUUGAAAUCGUCCAUCAAUCUGCGUAGUUGUUUUGGAAAGACCAUGCAGAAGUUGCUUGAAAAUAUUGACAUUUUACAUUCUAUUUAAUAGAAAAGUCAUUAAAUUAUAGUUUUCUCCACGUUUGUAGGUGCUUUGCAAAAAGGAGCUGCUAAUUCGGCGUACUUUUAUUGUGCCAAUUUCCUCAAAAUGUUAAAAAAUAUAGGCUAAAAAUACACAACAAUCUCCACACAAAUCAUCACGUUUCUCUAUUUAUGCUUUCUUUAUUGUGAGUUAUACAUUAACUAUUGUUGAUUCUGACUAAACGUCCAUAAAUCUGCUUAGAAAUCGUAUUUAAAGAAAAGACCAGGUUGGCAAAAAUCACAUUUUUCCGUAUCAAAGUGAUCCCAUAAAAGAUGUCUGAACAUUUAUGGCUGCAAUGCUAACACUAGCUACUAUUAGCUAAUUCGGCAAUCUUCAUUAUGCCAAUUUGUCAAAAAUAUUAACACAAUAUAGGCUAAAAUAAUGUUUGUAUCGCACUUCUGACUCCAUGGACUACCUAUACUUCCUGUUUACUGCCCCUUAGCAUUAUGGGAAUUGUAGUUUCUAAGCGUACAUUCUAUUAUCCCCCACAUAGAAGUCAAAAUUAUUGCGCUAUCAACUUAUAUACAAAAAACAGGACUAUGUGAGGACUGGGAAUCAAACCUGAGACCUCUAUCUGUGAGGUGACACAUGUAAUACACUAUCUGUACACAGUAUAUAUAUUUAUAUGCAGUAUUUAUACUCAGAUGUGUCUCAUGUUUAGCUCCAAAUAACAGGUGUGAUGUGUUUUAUCUCAGAGCUCAGUAAAGUUUAUUUUUGCCAAAUAUCUUCUAAUCUUUUUCUACUUUUGUAUUCUUUGAUAUUCACUUUGUCUUCAUAAUGAAAUCCUCUCCUGUGCCAUGUUGUAGUGACUGCCGGAUUCAGUCACAUUAAAAAAAAAUCAGACCUCAUUAAAGAUUUAUAUUUCUGCA